CGUAGCCAUAAAGCGCGACAACUUUCUUUCCUCGUUACCUCGAAAGCCUGUCACGGAUUCUCGUGCGCGGUUACAGGACGGAAAAAAAAUCAAACAAAUCCGUGGUGUAAGACGUCAAGAUGGUGGCGAAGCAGAGAAUCCGCAUGGCCAACGAGAAGCACAGCAAAAACAUCACGCAGCGAGGCAACGUCAAAUCAUCGAAACCUAACACGGACGACAAAGUGGCAGUGGGUCCGUGGCUCCUGGCGCUCUUCAUCUUUGUCGUGUGUGGGUCAGCCAUAUUCCAGAUCAUCCAGAGCAUCCGAAUGGGAAUGUAACAGGAAGCGCGACCGCACCGCCCCGCGCAGCAGCGACGACUCGCCGAUCCUAACGUUCUCCUUCCUGCUCCUUCGCAAUAAAGGAAUUCCUCUCGGUACCUUUCUUUUUCCCGGGGUUUAAUUCGAGCGAUUUUCUGUGGUCCGAGGCGGAUCGGCGCACGAUUCCUCUUUCCUGUGCCUUACUAUCACGAGAGAGAUUCCCUCAAAGCCGUUAACCGCCGCCCACUGCGCUUCGUUCUCUCAAUGCAAGCUAAGAUUGUGACUCAUCUCCAUUUCUUACAUUCCUCUGGAUGAUGUGAUCAUUUUAUCUUUUGAUUUAACAUUCAACUGACCAAAAAAUAGUGGGGAACAGAACAGAAGUAUGGGAAGCAAGCAAUCAGUCAAUCAAUCAAAAGAUCGAUCUUCUCCAUUUGACCACUAAUGUAAUUGUCUUUCAUUCCGAAUUAUUUUUUUUGUGUGUGUGUGUGUGUGAUUCUGACAGUAUUUCUGUUAGCUGCCUCUGCGUGUUUCAGUUGUGAUUAGCGCCAGUUUCUGGGGUUUCAUCUCAUUUACAGUUCUCAGGCACAUAUACUGCUCUUUGGCAUAACCCCCACACAGUGACCUAGAAAUUGUGCGUACUCUGACUCGAUGGAAGCUUUGAAUAAGAUCACGGGGUGAAACUGAAAUAAAAUGUCAUCGAGA